CAGAUGGCAGCCAACCCGAUCGCUGAGCGGCGGCGCCUGCGUGUACCCCCACGCUCGUCGUCGCGGCUGCUCAUACUGCGCUACUAGCAAUUGGAGAAGCUUCGGCUCGAGCGCGAGGCCGCCGAGGCGCUGGAAAAGGCGCGGCUCCAGGAAGAGCGCGACCGCGCCGCGAUCGAAGCAGAAAAGCUCGCGCAGGAGGCCAAAGUCGAAGCAGAGAAGGCGCGGCGUCGGGCCGCGCGCGAAGCCGAGGCGGCCCGUGUGGCCGGCAUCAUCCAAGGCGAGCGCCAUCGCAUUGCUAUGAUCCAAGCGCAGUACGAGCUCCUCGGCGCCUACUGUACGCGCGAGAUCCCGCUACUGGCGACGCCGGUCGCGGUCGUGAUCGUCCCGCCCGACGAAUACGCCCGCGGGUGGCAGCUCUACGUGAACAAACACGCGGUGCUGGACACGGCGAGCGACUUGCAUCUGUAUGCGCAGACAACCCCGCUCACGUCGCAGCGGCUCCGCGCCCGCGCCCCCUCCGCCCUCGUACGUGCGUCAGCGCGCCCACCGACUGUCUCAUGAGGUCCCACUCUGCAGGCGAUCUCCCGCGGUGGUCUCCUCUGCGUCGCCGACGACGCGCUCGACUGCAUUCACAUGUACGCCUUUGCGACCAUGUUUCCCGCCAGCGGCGGCUUCCAAUCGCCCGACCUCCUCCACGUCGUGACGAGCGCCGACUUGCGCCAUCCGCGGGGCCUCGCCAUGGACUUUCUAGCCAACGAACUCUAUGUGUGUGACAGUGCCCACCACCGCGUCCAAGUUCUUAGCGUUGAGACCAAGGGCUUGGUGCUACAGACGCCAACGGCGCGCGCGCUCACGGGCGGCCUCUCGUUUCCGUGCGGCGUCGACAUCUCGCACUAUCACGUUGUCGUCGCUGACACGGGCCACGGACGACUGGCAAUCUUUACCAAACGUGGUCUCUUUGUGGCCCAUCUUGGGUCGAAAGGGCGUGCCCCGGGGCAGUUCUGGGACCCCCGGGACGUCAAGUUGGCCAACGUGCGCAAGAACGCGGUGAACCGGGGCACCCUGCCGACGACCAAAGGGCUCAACGAACAUUUUGAGAUCGUCGUCGCUGACACUGGCAAUUACCGGAUCCAAGUCCUUCGUGACGAUGGCAGUGUUGUGUACAUUUUUUCGCAGCACGCCGACGCGACGAGCCUCGAACGCCACGUUGGAACCUUCAAGCAGCUCACAACAGCACUGCUCCGAUGCCUCGACCAUGUCGGGUUGCAUCACAUGGCGACCGCCGUAGCCGCGGGCGGACCCUUCGCAGCGAGGCGCCGGCUGCCCGAGUACUUGCACCCGUCUUCCAUCACUUUUGCGACGGUCUCGAGCCUCUUGCAGCAACUCGCAGACGAGAAGCGCGACUUGCGGUGCCCAACAGCGCUCGACUUGGCGCGCAACCACCAGAACGCGAUCACUUUUGUCGACCGCGACAACGCCCGCGUGUGCAGCUACCACUACGCCGGACCAAAGUUUGAGUGGGCCGCACUGCCUCGGCACGCCAAUGUACUGAAGCACGUGGCCGGCGCCGUCAUCGAUGGGACCACUGCCUACGUGGUGGACUCACUCAUGCACCGGGUUGCGAUCUACGAACACGUGGCGGUGACCCCCGCCAAGUGGGAGUGGACCCCGACCGGGUUUCUCGGGGCAGCGACGUAUGGCAACAAAAUCGAGUGUGCACCGGGGUGCCACCUCGGCGAGCUGCAGUCGCCGACGGCAGUUGCCCUCUACGCGCCGAACGCCGCGACGCGCUGGGUGCUCGUGAGCGACAGUGGCAACCACCGCAUCCAGGUCUUUGACGCGGUGACGCGCCGCGCACUGCACGUCCUUGGCUCCUUUGGCCACCGCGCGAAUGGGCUCGACGCGCCGCUGGGUCUCAGCAUCUUUGAGGGAGACGUCUACUGCGCCGACCAGCGCAACCACCGCGUCGCCGUCUUCAACAUUGCCUCGACGACGCCGCUCGGGACCUAUGGCACGUUUGGCAGCCGACCGGGUGAGUUUGCCCUUCCCACGGACGUGGCCGUCGUCCCGGCCCUGCCGCAGUAUGAUGGCAUCGACCUCGGGCCGCACCGCGACGCCAAGAUGGUGGUCAGCGACACGGGCAACUACCGGGUGCAGGUGCUUUCGCUCGUUGGCACACCGCUCUUUGUCUUUGAGCACAUGGCCCAAGGCGUGCGCAUGGUGCCCAUGGGUCUCUACGUCGAUGCUGCUACAGGCCAUAUUCUCGUGUGCGAUGUCUCGGCCCACGCCGGUGUCCUCCUCUUCACGCCCGAUGGCCGCCUCUUCCAUAGCUUUGGAGGCACGCUACCCGGGGCCGACCGGCUCCAGCGGCCCGUCACCGUCGUGCGGGCGGGCGAAGGCUUUGUCGUCGCCGACGCUAGCCGCCUCGAUCUUUGCAGCUUUGCCACCACACGGUGAUGACACUAUUUAACGUGCGUAUCUUGCGCCCCUUCUUCAACGUGGCACACGUGGAUGGAUAAGAAGUCAUCUGAUACGAGGACGAAACUAUUAUGUGAGGGAAAUAUUAGUGUACUAGG